AAUUAAAAUGGAAGACUGCUCUAAAAAUUGGAAAAGAAGUGCCAAAAUAUGCUUUUGUCUGUUCUACACAUUUUGAUGACAGUGAUUUUAUUCCAAGCUCAAAAACUAGUUCACCAGCAAAAAUAAGAAGGCUGAAGAUUGGUGUAGUACCUUCAAAAAAUUUACCUGUUCGGUCACUGGACAAAGUGCUUUUAACUCCAACAAAAGAAAAAAUCAUUAAGAGAGCUGAGAGAUUGAAACAACGUCGUCAAAAUAAAGAACAUUGUCAAAUUUUAUUUCAAAAUGACUGUUUACCAGAUAGUACACCUAUUACUGAUGUAGAGGAAUUAUCUUCAUCUUCUACACAAACUAAUGUCUUGACCCAAGAAAAAACUACAGUAUUAUCAAAUGAAAUUAAAACUGCCGAUAAAGAAGUCCAAGUUAAUACAUUUCAUUCCGAUUCUCUUUUUAAAAGAAGUAUUAUGGAUUUGAUUAGAAAUGAUGAAGAUUUAGUUGCAUUAACAGGGAUACCCAGCAUGGACAAGUUGUUAAAACUUGUCAAUAUUGUUGAAUUUGUGAUAAAAAGUUUAAAUUAUAAUAUCAAUUUUUCUCUUGAUAUUCUUCAUAGAAUAGUGUUAGUAUUAAUGAAGUUAAAACUAAAUACAUCUUACAAAUGCUUGGCAGUUUUAUUUGGUGUUUGUAAAAGUACUUGUGCAAAUUACUUUUACGAAACAAUUGAUUUGUUAUAUUUAAUUUUAAAACCUUUAGUUUUGUGGCCUUCUAAAUCAAGUAUUUCUAAAAAUAUUCCUAAAUGUUUCAUAAAUUUCACAAGUACUAGGGUCGUAGUUGAUGGAACAGAAACCCCUAUAGAAGUCCCAAAAUGUUUGUCAUGUCGAAUUAGAACUUAUUCUUUUUAUAAAGGUAAACAUACUAUUAAAUUUAUGGUAGGCAUUUCUCCAGAUGGCCUAAUAACUUUUGUUAGUGAUGUGUAUAGUGGCAAAGCAUCUGACAAACAUAUAUUUGUAGAAAGUAAUAUUUUAGAAAAGUGUGAUAUAGGUGAUGGUGUUAUGGCUGAUAAAGGUUUCCUUGUUGAAGAGGAAUGUUCUAGGGCAGGUGUUAAAUUAUUUCGUCCCCCUUUUUUGAAAAAAAAUAAACAACUAUCUUUGAUUUCAAUUACUGACAUAUUAAAUAAUUAA